AUGGCGCUAGUCUGUAAAUGGACAAGUGCACAGGGUCGGCCCGAGUGCCGGAGAAUAGCCGGAGAUGGGGAGUCAAUGGAAUCACGGAAGGAUCACUUUCGAGUUGUGCCACCUUCAACGUUCUCGUUGUGGGUGAUAGAGAUAUAUAUCAAAGAACAACAAAAGCGAAUGAUGGAGUUGUCAACCAAUGAGCCGGAGCGCUCUGUUCCUGCUUCACCUCCCCAAGGUGGUGAGCAGACAGAGAUGGACGCAGUCACUGCCGUCAACUCAUCUCCUUUGCCAACUCGCUCUCGACACGCUCAAACUCCCAGUAUCACCAAAAAGCGAACAAACGACGAAGUCUACGAGCCAGUCCAAUCACCAAUUCGCAGCCCAACAGCUCUCAAAGCAUCAGCAAGACACAACAAAGCCGAGAGCACAGUCUCCUUCGAGGACGGAAAUGGCGUGCGGAAACCGAAUCGACAUGGCAUCGCUGACGAUCUUCGCGAUAGUGAAGGGCUUGGAUCGAAAACGCAAACAAUUCCAGGACCAGAAGCUGAGAGAGGGCACGGAGAAUCUCAAGCAUCACCUAAUCAUGCGUCGGAACAAGGGCUCGCCAGACGAAUCGAGCGAUACCAACAAGAGCUCCAAGUAGAGUUUGACCAAUUCCAGCAAUCACUGGCAGAGAGAGACAGGACUGCGGAACUAGAGCUUCUAGAUUGGGAGGAGCUGGAAUCACGCUAUCAGAGCGAGAUCCAACCAAAGAUGGCUGCUGAGCAAGAGAUCAUGGACGAGUUCCAAGCCCGAUUUCAGGCAAGUGAAACCUGCAUCCCAGACGCACCCAAGACUUCCCUGACUAAUAGGGCCUUAGCAAUUCAUGCUGUACAUGCAAGUAUGCAACGAUUACGAGGCGGAACGAGCUGUGAAGAGAUUAAGAACGCGAAUUGCAAUUGCUGGGAAUGCAGAGUCCUCCUUGGCCAAGAAGCAGGCUCAUUGUCCUCCACGCUUUCCAGAGUGCAAUGGAACUAUUGGGGAAUGUUUGAGGGGCUGAAUCCAACAGGAGCUGACCGGGUCAUGGGAGACGAUGCUCUUGGGGCGCGUGUUGAUAGGGAGUGA